GAGAGGGAUGGAGCACUUUUUCCACUGCAUGUCUCCUAACGAACCCAACUACAAAAACCACUGCCACCACCCUCUCUUCCUCCCUCAUUCUCCACUAGUCUCCACUCCAUUCAUAUCCAUUCCCUCCUCAUUGAGGAUUCCUACUAAACUCUUUCCCCAUUGAGGAUCGAUCGGAUCACAUAAUAUUAUUAUUGAUCACUGCAACACUACUAUAGCUGACAGAGAGAGAGAGCUAGCUGCAGGAAGGAAACCGAAAGAAAGACUUCUUUUUAACUUGCACCUUUAUUUAAACUACUACUACUACUACUACUACUAUCAAAUAUCAAUGGCUCGACCUCAACAACGAUACCGGGGCGUUAGGCAGAGGCAUUGGGGAUCUUGGGUCUCCGAAAUUCGCCAUCCUAUAUUGAAGACCAGGAUAUGGUUAGGAACAUUUGAGACAGCGGAAGAUGCGGCAAGAGCGUACGAUGAAGCAGCGCGUCUAAUGUGCGGACCCAGAGCCAGAUCCAAUUUCCCUUACAACCCCAAUGCUCCUCAGACCUCGUCCUCAAAGCUCCUCUCUGCUACUUUGACCGCUAAAUUGCACAAGUGUUACAUGGCUUCCCUCCAAAUCACCAAACAACACCAGCAGCUCCACCUGCGCCAACAGACGACUGAUCACCACAAAAUUCAUUUCACUUCCAGUGCGGCGGUUGCUUCCGGUUCACCUAACUGCCACAACUUUAAUAUUGGUGGUGGAAAUAAUGAUCGUGAAAAGGGUGUCUUGUCUUCGGGGUCCGGAGUGGCGCAGCAGGGGGCGUCGGCGGACCACCAGUUCGUUAAGCAACUUGAAGAAGACGAUCACAUAGAACAAAUGAUUCAAGAACUGCUGGACUACGAGUCCUCCUUGGAGCUCUGCUAGAUCUCACAAAUUAACUCUCACCUCCUCAGGUGCCGCUGCUACCGAAAUUUGAAAGCAUUCCGCCGACUAGUCUCUAGUUCGCUGCCUCAUUUUUUGUUGUUAACCCUUCCCGUCCGGGCUUCCCCCAUCCAUUUUGAUCAUUCAAUUUUUUUUCCAUGCUCAUUAUUAAUUAGGCACUACGUACGCACGCUAGCUCAUUUAGCUAGGAGCUCCUCCCUCCAUCAACCACCAUCAUCUCAGCUUUCCUAGAAUCCCAGUUCCAAAGCCCGUGUCCGCGUGGUAGUGUAAAAAUGUAUUGGAGAGGGAGGAUACGUCCAAUCCUUAUCCUGGCUAUCAUGGUUGUACAGUACUUUGCCAUGCUAAUGACUUGAUGUUAUAACAACUGCCAGUCACCAUCCAUAUAUUGGACGGACUAUUCAUCGAUCCA